UUUGCUAUGCCAAUAUGCUGCUGGGCGAUCAUGUGGGACCACGUUCCGAGUUGACAUUCCGUUCGAAUUUGAAAAUUAACAAUGGCAAAACUGAACUGUGCUUUAUGCAUAAGAAGUUAUAAUUUGUGCAUAAGAGGACCCUCCAAAUUGCCUCAACGACCAUUUUCCAGGAUUGUACCUUUGGGGUCUAAACGAAGUACCAUUAUGCAAAGGAACGGUGAUAUCAAUACCAACACAGCACCUCGGGCCACCAAACCCAAGUCCUCACCUCUUGUCAACAGUGCUAACGGGGGCACGAUAAGGGGGUGCAAUGACGCCAACAAGCUAACUGGUGCUCAUGGGUGGAAGGACACUGUUGGAAUGAGAGAAGGGGAAGAAACAUUCUUGAGGAAUUUCUUUGAGUUAGUUUUAGCAGAGGGCAUCUCUAAGCCUCUCAGUGCAGAAUGCAAAGUAAUUGAUUUCCAGCAUCCUCAUGAACUGAAGAAUGAGAUGGAUUUAACAAUCAAGGAUGAACCUGAAUCUCACGAUAGACUCCUUCAACUCUGUAAACAGACGUAUGAUCACAGCGUCAAAGUCAGUCAUCCUCAGUUUUAUAAUCAGCUGUUUGCUGGGCAGGAUACGUAUGGUCUUGCUGGUGCGUGGAUGACUGAGAGCCUUAAUGAAAGCCAGUACACUUAUGAAGUUGCACCAGUGUUUACCCUGAUAGAACAAGAAGUUCUUUCCAAGCUGAGGGACCUGUGUGGGUAUAAGUCAGGAGAUGGUAUAUUCUGUCCUGGUGGAUCACUUGCCAACAUGUAUGCAAUCAACCAUGCCAGAUAUGAGUUGAAUGAAGAUUACAAAGAAAAUGGAAACUUCAGUUCCAAACCUCUGCAAAUAUUCGCUUCUGAUCAGAGCCAUUAUUCACUCCUAAAAGGGGCAGCAUUCUUGGGAAUAGGAACAAACAAUGUCAUCAAAGUAGAAACAGAUAAAAGUGGUAGAAUGAUACCGGAGUCAUUAGACAGAGCAAUCGCAGAUGCAAAGUCAAGUGGUGCUAUACCUCUGAUGGUAGUUGCUACAGGUGGGACUACAGUGUAUGGUGCCUAUGACCCCUUACAGGAUAUUGCAGAUAUAUGUGUGAAAUAUGGCAUCUGGUUCCAUGUAGAUGCUGCAUGGGGUGGUGGCGCCAUUCUGUCAUCUACACAUCGACAUUACCUUGAUGGUAUUAAUAGAUCAAACUCAGUCACAUGGUGCCAACAUAAGAUGAUGGGGGUUCCCCUCCAGUGCUCUGCAUUCCUAUUGAAUGGUAAUGAAACUCUGAUGAACAGGUGCAUGAGUGCCAAGGCCAGGUAUCUCUUCCAACAGGACAAGUUCUAUGACAUUAGUUACGACACGGGGGAUAAGUCCCUACAGUGCGGCAGAAAGGUAGAUGCCUUCCGUCUCUGGCUUAUGUGGAAGGCUAAAGGCAAUAAGGGCUUUGAGGCAGAGAUUGACCACAAGUUUGCCAUUUCUAGGUAUUUCACUCAGCUUCUUCAUGAACGUGAAGGAUUUGAAGUCUUGAUGGAGCCUCAAUGCACUAAUGUUUGUUUCUGGUAUAUCCCAGAAUGCCUUAGAAACGAGGAAAGGACUCCUGAGUUCUGGCAGAGAUUGAGUAAGGCUGCACCUGCUAUCAAGGAAAGUAUGGUGUUGGAAGGAUCUAUGCUGAUUGGAUAUCAACCAAACAGUGAUCAUAUAAACUUCUUCAGGAUUAUAUUCUCUAAUGCAAGGGCUACGAAGGAGAGUGUUGCAUUUGUUAUCGACGAGAUCGAUCGGUUAGGACGAGAUAUACAGGUUUAAAUCUUUCCCAACCUCCCCUCUCUCUUUCACUCUCCCUCUAUAUAUUUUCCGUUCAGUCGUUCUUUACUGAUGCCUACUUGAGUGUCAAGGUUUUUCAGUGAUACCAUAAAAUUAUUCAUAUGUAUAAAACAUUGAUAUUGAUAGUUUCUCUGUGUGAUACAGAAUGCUUACCCUUUAAAAGAAUUUAAUAGAAUAAUUGCCAAAUCUCAGUAUGAUCUCAUGUUUUUCAUCAUCUUACAUUUGCCAUAAUGGUGUGUCAUAUAGUUAUAUAAGUACUACAUAGGAUGCUAACCUUCUGAAAUAUAUUUUAUACCCCUAACCUACCCAUUGUGGUAGCCAGAUGAAUUAUGUAGUAAUGUACUUGAUUAUGUUAUAUCUCAGUUUUAAAGGAAUUAAUGAACUUAGUUGAUAGUAGCAGGUGAAAAUAUGAGAGCCUUAUACCUCAGUCACAUUUUCUCUACGGUGGAUGUACAGCAAGUAAAAAACAGUCGUUUUAACAUUUUUUUGUAAUAGGUGGUUUGAAUAAAAAUGAAUAAAAUGGCUGUUUUCGACCAGCCGUACAGCUGGCCACCGUGGAGCAAAUGUGACUGAGGUAUUACUGUACACGUGUCUCUUGUUAGAGUCAUCAAUACAUGACAUUUUUAUUAGACUAAAUUGAAGUCAGUAACUAUCCAAAAAGGCAUGAGUAAUCAGUAAUCCAGGUUAGGAAGUUCCAAGUCUCCAGGGGACCAUCUUACAUAGAGUUGCGAUUGUAUCAUGAUUGAAUUAGCAGCUGAAUCUAGUGAUUUCUACCAGAUACAACUUACC